AUGUAUCGAAUUUGUUCUACUGGUACUCGCAACGCCCAAACUGGUGUGCAAGACACUAUGGUCAGACAGCAGGCCUGUCGAGGUGUGAUGCAAUCUCUAACAGCCAACCCAGGUUUUAAUGGACACCGCCUACAUUGGAAGAUGACAAGCUUCUGUAAGGGGCGAAGGUAA